AUGGAGUCGCCGUACCCGCCUCAGCUGUCAACCCUCCCCGCGCCACCUCCCCCUUCGCCCGCCGGCCCGUCCUCGUCCUCGAGCCCCUCGUCCGCCUCGGCCGGCGCUCAACCAGCUCCUCUCGUCAGCAUCUCGGCCGCCAGUGCCGAGCCACGCCAGCAGCAGCAGCAGCAGCAGCGCAAGCGCGCCUUCACCGCCGGUGGCGGCGGCGACGUCGAGUGCGCCGGUGCGAGUGCGGGGGACGAGCCGGCGCUCGCUGCGCCGGGCGAGGUCGCAGCGGCGCGGCGCAUGAGCGCCUCGCAGGGCGUGCAGAUGGACGUCGCGCACGACCUGGGCGAGGGCAGCAGGUGGCAGGCGAGGUGCGCGAGCGAGGUUAGAAAGGGCCGACGGGCGUCUCUUCGCUGCGGCGAGGACCCGCCGCCGCCAGACGAGAAGCGCAGGAGGGUCGAGUACGGCGGCGAGCGCGACGACGAGUCGCCCGAGCCGGCGUACCGCACGGCGCCGUCGUCGAGCAGGAGGAGGCGACCGCGGCUCUCGCACUCGAGCUCGUGGAGGUCGUCGUCGAGCUGCGCCCGCGCCACCGACGUCGCACCGGCAUCGCUGUCGCCCUCGCCGUACCUCGGCGUCUUUGCGACGCCGUUCGCCGCCGUCGCCAUCGCCCCUUUGCCCUCCUCGACCCAGCCGCCCGCACCCUCUCCUCACCUCGCGCCCGCCUCCGCCCGUCUCGCGCAGGGCGCCUUCCCGGCACCGACAUCGUCGUCUGUGUCGUCACCGCCAGCAGACGGGCCUCAACCUCGCCGUCGGCGCGCCUACUCGCUCCCCAACCCUGCCGACCAUGCCGCCCUCCCUCUCUCGACUCGCCCCGUCUCGUCUUCGUCCACCGUGGCGAUCACGCCCGCACCUCGCCUGACGCCUCCUUCGCCGACGAGGCGUUCCGGCUCGACGUCGGCCGUUGCCGAGGAGGACCGGCGACAGCGACGGUCGCCCGGCCCGAGCGUCGGCGACUCGCUCGCGUUCGGCUCCUUCGCCUUCCUGUCGCAGGACGACCUGCUUGCCCUCCACGCGGCACGAGUUCGCGCCGAGGGCGGCGACGUCCCGUGCGGCUCGCUGUCGGCGAUCAGCCUCGCGCCGCCCGUCACCAAGACGACGCUGCGCGAGCUCGACCUGAACGAGAUCCUGCGCAACCCGCAACUGCGCCACGACGUCGUCUUUGACCCGAAUUUGAUGUUCCGGCCUAACUACGACGGCGAGAGGGGCGAGCGCAAGCGCCUUCUCGCGGCGCAGUACUGGACCGCCAUCUCUCGCGAGAUCGAGACGGGCUGCCGCUGCACGACCUUCUGCGACGACGAGGUCCGACCCUGCAUCUGCCUCCCGACCGACACGACCUCUCACGGCCUCCCUCUCGCAACUCGUCUGCCCUCUCGCAUCGCCCUCCUCAUCGCCGAGCUCCGCAACAUCUUCGUCUCGCUCCUCCCGAUCCCGGUCACGAGCGCGCCGGCCUCGCCCGACCUGUCGUCGUCGUCGUCGUCGACCUUCGCAAACUCGCCUCCCUCGUCGCCCGACCUGUCCUCGCCCUCGUCGGCCUCGAGCCCGGUCCUUGCGGCGCGCGACCAGCUCCUCGACGUCCUCGACCCGGCCCUGCUCAUGCAGCAGCUCGAGCGCGGCUGCGCCGACAUCCCGAGCCUCGCGCGCUUCCUCGGCGCGACGGUCAAGCAGCACUGCGCGCCGAUGCGCGACGAGAUGGUCGACGCCAUGGUCGUCGCGUGCGAGGGCGAGGGCCUCGCCAAGGGCCUCGAGAUGUGCUUCGAGAUCCUCGAGCUCAUGAAGCUGGACAUCGCCAACCACCAGCUCCGCUCUCUGCGCCCCUACCUCGUCCAGACCGCCCUCGUGUUUGAGCGCCGCGUCUACCAGGACUUUGCGACGCGUCGUCAGGGUCCGGGCUCGUUCGACCGCCUCCGCACCUGGCUCCACUCGUCGGCCGCCGGCGUCGUCAAGAAGGACACCCCACGUGCGCUCGACAACCGCGAGCUCGUCGAGCAGGCCCUCACGCGCGGCUUGCUCGACCUCGUCUUCCCGUCGGGCGCCGCCGCCUCCUCCUCGCCGGCGGCCGCGCUCCCCGAGACGCUCCAGCUCGACUCGUACCGCAUCCAGGCGUUCCACUCGGACGCCGUCGACCUCGCCGUCGUCUACCUCCUCACGAUGUUGUUCGGCCAGCUCGCGUACCCGGCCCGCCCGACGCCCGCCGACCUCGACUCGCUCCGCCAGGAGCUGUGGUGCAUCAUGGCGUCGAGCGCAAGGUCGCCGUCGUCGCUCGCCGGUCCCGCCGGAUCCAUCCAGGGCAUCCCGCAGGGCCCGCCCGGGCUCGGCUCGGCCAAGCUCGAGAACCCGACAUGGCGCGCCGGCAUGCAGGACGUCCUCCUCCAGGUGGCCCGCCGCGCGACCGAGCUCCGCCUCCGCGCAACCAGCACGACGGCGACGACGAGCUGCGCGUCGGCGACGGUGCCCGACGCCGAGACGCUCGCGCUCGUCGCGAGCUACUUCGACUCGAACGUGCGCGAGUCGUCCAAGCUCUUCCAGCUCCUGCAGCGGCGCCUGCGCGAGACGCUGCACGCCGUCGUCGACGAGGAGCUCGCCAAGGAGGCGGCCCACGGCCCGAUGUCGUUCACGGGCUGGUGGGCGCCGCAGGUCGAGCCCGGGCCCAUGACGACCGGCGGCGCACGGUCCUCGGCCGGCCUCGCCCACUUUGCCGGCUCUUCGCGGGCAUCGAGUCGCGGUGCUCGACCGUCGGCGGACAUGAUGGCGUCGACGACGCCCUCGCGAGGCGUCAAGCGCUCGUGCCUCGACGGCGGCGACGACACCGGCAACUCGCCAUCGUCCUCCCGCACCGGCGGCCCCGACGAGCGCCAGCGUCGCCGCCGCUCGUCGUCGUCGUCGUCGUCGUCGGCAGACGUCGAGUCAGCUGCACAGCCGUCGCUGGUCGACCUCGCUCUGCAGCGCAACGGCCUCGUCGCCCUCUCGACCGAGGUCAAGCUCCUCGGCAUGCGCAUCGCCCGGGUCGCCACCUUUAACCUCGCCGUCUACCGCCCUCUGUAUACGGCCUGGCUGUCGAUCCCUCCUCCGUCGUCGCCGUCGCACGCAUAAGAUAUCUCGCCCGCCUCCAUCUUUCCCAUCACGAAGCAGUUCCUUCGACUUUCACCGCCCGAUCUUUCUGUGCCACCCCUCCUUUCGUCGUCUUUUCGAGUCUGCAAGCUCCCCAUGUGCUCCAGAUCCAACUCCUGCCUGUCCUCGUCGUCGCGCUUGCAGACACUCGCAAAGCAUCUCGUUUUCUCUCUCUC